UUGAGUAAACCAAAACAUCCGGUGACCAUGUAGUGCUGUCUAUGUUGAUCAACUUCCUGGCAUUGCCUGUUACAAUCGGGAAUGUGAUGACAAACAUAAAGAAAUCUGUCACGACUUCUGCGUAUAGACUAUGAUGGCGACCGACGCAGAGGAUCGCUCAAAAUGGCCAGGGUACAUAGAGGAUGGUCAUCCAGAGGUUUUCGACAUCCGUGCAAUGCCUCCCCAACCCAAGAGGAGGAAACCAGGACAGCUUUCUCCGGAGGAGAUCCGACAAUAUUUUGAAGAGGGGUAUGUAAUAGUUAAAGAUUUCUUCACGAAGGAAGAGUUGGAACCUUGUCUCCGAGAUUUCGAGAUACUGGUGGAAAAUCUGGCUCAGAAGCUGUACAAAGGCGGUAAAAUCAAAGACCUUUACGAGGAAAGCGAUGUUUACACUAGACUGAUCAAACUAAACGAGGAGUUCCCGGGAGCCGCUGUACUUUUACACAAGAUAGGCAAGCUUCCACAGUCGCUACGGAACCUGUGGGGAAACGAGCGUCUCCUGAAUGUGGUAGAGCAGGUUCUGGGUCCGGACAUAUCUGGAAUGCCUAACUGGAACCUGCGGACAAAAACACCAUACAACGAGGAGCUUACCGUCCCCUGGCACCAAGAUGCUGGUUACCUCGACAACGACGCUUAUAAAACGUUGCUCGCGACAGUAUGGAUACCAUUCCUGGAUACAAACAAACACAAUGGCUGUAUGGAGGUCAUCCCAAAAGGUCACCGUACUGGGAGGGUUGGUAUGCACCAGUGCUGUUCGGGAGGAACCUGGUACAUCAUGAUAGAGGAGGAGGAAAUGAAGAAAACCUUGUGUUGUUCGGCAGAGGACAGGAAACUGUGUGCCAUCCCGUUUGGAGGAUUUCUCUUAUUCAACAACGUCAUUCCCCAUAGAAGCCUAGAAAACUUUUCUAAUCAAGUCCGUUGGAGUAUUGACUUACGAUUCAAGAAGACUGGCCUACCUAAUGGUAUGUUUGGCCUGAAACCGGAUGUGGAAAUGCGCUCUUCUAAAGAUCCCAAUAUGAAGAUUGACUGGGAAACGUUCGACUCCAUUGAUAGAACAAAACAGCAGAUGGCAUCAGUCAAAGACAUUGUCAAGGUUGAGGAGGACCAGGAAUUCGACUGUUCAGUCCAGGGACCGUGGAUGAGGAAGUGGGAGCUUACCCACUCCAAUAUACACGUGAAGAAACACCAGUACAUGGAGCGGGUACGCGCACAACAGGAGGAGGAGAAACAGCAACAGGAGAUCAAGGAAUCUCCAGCCAGAAAGAAACGAAAGCAGGAAGACUGAUGUCGAUGCAGGGACUUGUAUAUGCAUUCAUUAACAGUUACUUUAAAUAAAACACUCUUAACCAGACAGUUUUAAUUAUUUAGUUCUUAUUUAGAUAGACUACCACUAGUCUACUGAAUUUAGGCAAAAGUCGUUCAAAUUCUUCGCCCGUGUUCUAUCCAUAUACAUCCUACGGCAUGAGUUAUUAAUAAUUACUAUGACCAUUAAGAUUGUAAUGUUGUGAAAUAAAAUAAUAUUCUUGUA